CAUGACCCCCGUAAAGGCGCUGAUACAUGCGCAGGAAAGAUCAAACGGUGGAGGUGUAGGUGACAGGACAGGAGUCCAAGUAUAGACAGUCCAUCAGCAGCAGUUGGGACCUAAGACUUUGUUUCAAUGGAGAGCAAGACGAGAAGGGGUAUUUUGGAGCGCCUGGAUGCUGGGGAGGUCGUUGUAGGUGAUGGAGGUUAUGUUAUGCAGCUGGAGCGGCGUGGCUAUGUGAAGGCUGGACAUUGGACACCUGAGGCUGCUGUCGAACAUCCUGAAGCAGUGCGGCAGCUGGCCAGAGAGUUUCUGAGAGCUGGAGCCAACGUGAUUCAGACAUUCACCUUCUACUGCAGUGAGGAUAAGCUGGAGAUCAGUGGCAAUGUCACCAACAUCACUGGGGCUCAGAUCAAUGAAGCUGCCUGUGACCUGGCCAGGGAGGUGGCCAAUGAGGGAAAUGCUUUGGUGGCUGGGUGCGUGUCUAAGACUCCCUGUUACACGAACAGUCACAAUGAAACUGAGGUCAAGGCCAUCUUCAAGAAACAGAUGGAUGACUUCCUCAAAAAAGACAUUGAUUUCUUUAUAGUGGAGUUUGUUGACCAUGUGGAAGAGGCAGUGUGGGCAGUGGAGGUGCUGAAGACCAGCGGUAAACCAGUGGGUGCAACUCUGUGCAUCUCUCCUCACGGAGAUAUGAGUGGAGUCCCGCCUGGAGAGUGUGCUGUUAGGCUGGUCAAAGCUGGAGCUGACAUUGUUGGAAUAAAUUGCCACUUGGACCCUCUGACGUGUGUCCGUACAGUGAAGUUGAUGAAAGAAGGAUUGGAGAAAGCUGGUCUCAAAGCUCAUCUCAUGGUCCAGCCUCUGGGCUUUCACACACCUGAGUGUAACUUUGGUGGAUACACCAGCCUACUGGAGUACCCCUUUGCAAUGGAGACCAGAGCAAUUACUCGCUGGGACAUCCAUAAGUAUGCCAGAGAGGCUUACAAUGCAGGAAUUCGCUACAUUGGAGGCUGCUGUGGAUUUGAGGCAUAUCAUAUCAGAGCCAUAGCUGAAGAGCUGGCUGCAGAGCGAGGAUUCCUCCCACCAGCUUCAGAGAAACAUGGACUCUGGGGAGCUGCACUGGAGAUGCACACUAAACCCUGGGUCAGAGCCAGAUCUCGUCGAGACUACUGGGAAAGCCUCCUGCCUGCUUCUGGACGUCCCAAAUGUCCUUCCAUGUCCACACCUGCCGCUGAUUAUGACAAGAAAAUGGAAUCUUAACAUGUUAUCACAAACUGUAGUGCCUACCAUACAAUUACAGUAUUAUCUGGCAGCAACCAGCCUUUCUAUCUUUACUUGGUUUCAGUCUUCAGUGAUUUGUCAGAUUUUCUCUUCUUUUAACCUUUUAACCAGCUUUACAUAAGAACACAGUUGGUUUGUUUUCAAUGAUGGUAAUUAUAAAGAAACAAAUUUAAAAAUGUCACAUGUAUUGAUUUAUUGUCAUACUAAAUAUUUCAUUUAACAAUAAAUACACAAAAACAUUAA